CUAUAAAUUUUCCUGUUUCAACCAAGAAUUAAUGAGAGCUACGAGCCAUUCGCUUCCUGAGUGGCCGCAUUCCAGCUGUGCAGACUGGUCAGAGCACAUCUGCCAAUCAGAGCAGGCCCUGGAGGGAAGCCCUCAGAUGCUGAGUCUUGUUUACACCCAUUGUGACUCUGUUUCUCUCCUCCUCCUGCGUGUUGUAUCACUGGAAAGAUUCGUGGGGGAGUUUGGGAUUGCAUGCCUUGAUAAUCUGUAUGCAACUUGGACCCGAGCCACAGCAAAUGGUAUCACGGGCAGACUUUGAGCUCAUCUUUAGGCACAGAUCGCAACGAACGAAAUAAACCAGAGCAUCGUUCUUCAAGCCAAGGACCCUUGUCAUCCAUUAGAGCGGUAAUCAAGAGAUCACUCAUGAAUAGUGCACAGCAAAAAUGCCCCGUGGAAGAGCUUCUCGGACUUCUAUUCAGAGUGAUCUUCAUCGAGAUAGGAGGCGCCCGGAGAUCACCAUUGUGGCAGCUGAGCCGCUGAGGCCGGCCUCAUGGUUCCCAGGAGCCCCGCCCCCAGGACUGGGAUUUCCCCCGGCCUCCGCAGCUGGCCCUUGGAGGCCCAGUGAGCUGGUUCCUUCUGAGCUCCCACCGUCUUAUGAACAAGUCAUAAAAGAAAUCAACCAAGUUCAAGUUAAUACAACAAAUAAUAAUAAUGCUGCUGCCUCUCCAAGGCACACUAUUACUUCUGCAACUCAGACGGACUUUUCAGAAGAAAUAGACAACCAUCUGCCUCAAAGUAAUGCAACACUACCGGCACCCCUCCAACCUCUUCAGCCUUCCCCGGCGGUCUCAGCCCGUGAUCCUCCAACAAAUGCGGCGCCUUUGAUAGUCUUUGACAGUUCUGAAGAACAGAACUGUCCGGGAAACCCCAGUGCUGCAAGAUGUCCAGUGCCAAGACCAAGAUCAAAAAGCAACCUCAGGCCAGUAGCCAGAGAGCCUCACGUUAAAGAGCAGAAUCACCAGAAAACCAGCCCAGGGGCCUCAGGGGCGGCGCCACCCCCAGGCCGACUCCAGUGUCUGUUGGACAGUACCAGCGACUUGGACAGUCAGCCUGUGAUGAACAUUAUGAACACAGAACAAAGCCAAAACAGUAUUGUUUCAAGGAUCAAAGCGUUUGAUAGUCAGACAAACACAGACACCUCUGGACUGCCCAAGAAACCAGAGAUUGCGCCCCGCACACUUCCCCCCAGGCCUGCUGUUCCCUCAGGGAAACCCUCCGUGGCUCCCAAACCAGCUGCUAACAGGACUUCUGGAGAACUGGACUCCUGGCACGAGAACAGACUCAAGGUGGCCUCGAGGGAGGGGCUCACCCCGAACUCUCCACCGCAAGAAGUAGGGAGCCUCCCGGUAACCAAACCUGAAUUGCCAAAGAAACCAAAUCCUGGCCUUACACGAAAUGUCAAUCAUGAAAUUCUGGGAGGAGGGCCCGUGGCCGAGAGCCCUGAUGGCAGCAAGAGAGUCCCAACUCCUGCCCCGAGGCCUGUGCUGCCGAAGAAAUCAGGUUUCUCAGAAAACCCCACCUACUCUGCAGCUUUGCUGAAACCAGUCCCUGUUCCUCCCCGCCUCUCGGUGGCAUCGCAAGCCAAAGCCUUCAGGUCCCUGGGCGAAGGACCCUCAGCCAACACCCCUGUUCCAGGCCUGCAGAGCAAGCCGCCAGGGGACUUCGACCUCAUCAGUUUUGAUGAUGAUGUCUUACCCACCCCACCUGGGAAUGUGGUUGAAGAUUCUGUUGGUUCAGAGAUGGUUCUGGAUCCCUUUCAGCUCCCCACAAAAACAGAACCAACAAAAGAACGAACAGUUCAACCAGUUCAACCAGCACCCGCCAGGAAGCCCACUGUGAUUCGAAUUCCAGCCAAACCAGGAAAAUGUUUACAUGAAGAUCCUCAAAGCCCGCCUCCUCUCCCAACUGAAAAGCCUAUUGGAAACACUUACAGUACAGCAUCUGGAAAACCCAGUAACGCUGAAAGAACGAGAAGUGUGGAAUCCGACCAGGCUGGUCACACAGGUGCUUCUGUGCGAGGACCCCCAAGGCUGCCCCCAAGACCUGUAAAUGGAAAAGUCACACCAGCUCGGCAGCCUCCCCCCAAGGCGCCCCCUGAAAGACCACCUCCCCCCAGACUGUCUGCAACCAGAACAUCAAAUAAAAAACUGCCUUUUAAUCGGUCUUCUUCUGACAUGGAUCUUCAGAAGAAACAAAAUAACUUGGUGUCCAGACUCUCCAAAGCCAAGAGUCAAGUUUUUAAAAGUCAAGAUCCAGUGCUCCCCCCUCGCCCUAAACCAGGACACCCUCUCUACAGGAAAUACAUGCUGUCAGUGCCUCAUGGAAUUGCCAAUGAAGACAUCGUCCCGCAAAACCCCGGAGAACUCUCUUGUAAGCGUGGGGAUGUACUUGUGAUGCUGAAGCAGGCAGAAAAUAAUUACUUCGAAUGCCAAAAGGGAGAAGACACUGGUAGAGUUCACCUGUCUCAGAUGAAGAUUAUCACCCCACUUGAUGAACAUCUUAGGAGCAGACCAAACCCCUGUUUUCCCCCUAAGGAUGCAAGCCACCCUCAGAAGCCUGUGGACAAUAGCGCUCCUCACGCCGUUGUUCUUCAUGAUUUCCAAGCAGAGCAAGUCGAUGAUUUGAGUCUCACUCCUGGAGAAAUUGUUUAUCUUCUGGAAAAAAUAGAUACAGAUUGGUACAGAGGGAAAUGUAGAAACCAGACUGGGGUAUUUCCUGCCAACUACGUGAAAGUAAUCGUUGAUGUUCCAGAAGGAGGAAAUAGGAAAAGAGAAUCAGUUUCAUCUCACUGUGUUAAUAAAGGUCCAAGAUGUGUUGCGCGGUUUGAGUAUAUUGGAGACCAGAAGGAUGAGUUAAGUUUCUCGGAGGGAGACAUUAUUAUUCUGAAAGAGUAUGUGAGUGAAGAAUGGGCCAGAGGAGAGCUUCGAGACAGAACUGGGAUUUUCCCCCUGAACUUUGUGGAGCUCCUCGAGGAUCACCCCACCUCUGGUACAGAUGCUUUAAGCACAAAGGUACCACAGAGGAUGAAAAAAGAAGAUUCUGGAGCAAAUUCUCAGGAUAACGGUCUCUCUGGAGAAUGGUGUGAAGCUCUGUACAGUUUCACGGCGGAGACCAGUGACGACCUGCCCUUCAGGCGGGGAGACCGGAUCCUGGUCCUCGAGCACCUGGACUGCGACUGGUACAGGGGCAGACUGCGUGACAGGGAGGGGAUCUUCCCAGCAGUCUUCGUGCGGCCCUGCCCCGGUGUGACAGCGGCAGCAGCUGAGGCAAAAAGCCUGUCUCCCUUAGCACUGAAGGCGGGGAAGAAGGCCAAAGCCCUGUAUGAUUUCCAUGGGGAGAAUGAAGAUGAGCUUUCCUUCAAGGCUGGAGAUAUAAUAACAGAGCUGGAAUCUGUAGAUGACGACUGGAUGAGUGGAGAACUAAUGGGAAAAUCUGGAAUAUUUCCCAAAAACUACGUUCAGGUUUUACAAGUCAGCUAAAGGUGAAGCUUGACUGUGUUCCUUGGCACAAGAACUCACUUGAACUAUCCCUUUGACUAUCAGAUACGGUGUUUUGUUUGUUUUUGUUUUUGCACUAUUUUUUUUAAACUGAAAGAAAUAUCUAUGCUGUAUAUGGUACACUAGAAUUUUCUGAAAGCAGAGAAUGUCUAGAUUUUGUAGUUAGCUUUCACUCACAGUAGAAACGUGCAUGUGAAAACCCAUGAGAAAGCAUUCCACCGAGGAAAACAUCAAGCAAGAUCAGCAAGGCAGGCGAACACUUGCCCCAGGAAAGUGCCUGGUGAUAGAGCCGCACAGGGAGGCUUACAAGCAAAAGUUGCGUUUGGACAUCUCUUUUCAUCAGCAAGAAUCAACUAACCAUGCUUCUUUAUUUUUUUACUUUCGUUUAAAGACAGGACAUUUGAUACAUUUCACUUCUGAUACUCAAAUUUAUUCUAACAGCUUGAGUGCAUUAUCCUUAUUUACCAGGGCAAAUCCUUGUUUCAGGAACAGGUAGUUUAUUCUCUAGUUGGAGCCUUUGUAAGAAUGUGGUGAGUCAGCUCGUGCUCACCGAAUGCUACUUGUGUUAAUAAGUGUUUCACCUUUGUCCAAGGAUUUCAGUGGGGUUAAAAUUCAAUGCAUCUUAGUCAGAAGAACCAAAACCAUCCUGAGAUACCUUGCUAAUAUGACUAACCCUUCUACAUACCGGCCCUACUCACUUUUUUCCUCCAUUUAUACUUUAUGUUAACAGGGUUGUUAUAAAGCACAUUCUCUGAUUCUGCAAUCAUUCUUUUGACAAUUACUGGUACCCAAAGGAAAAUUCAUUUUCUUUGUGUUACCCCAGUAAUACAGAAAAGCUGUGUCUUGUUACAGUGGUACAUGAUGAAUCACAUACAUCUCAGAACACAGAGCAACUGUUAAGGUGGAAAACAGUGCUGAGCCCACACAGCUCAUUUCUUCCUCAUAUAAUCAGAAAGAAAAACAGUUGAGAAGACUGAAGGCUGAUAUUCUUUUGUUUUUUUCCCAGCUCAUCCCCAUAUUAGAGUAAAUAAAAGAACACUUUCCUGCUGUAUCCAUUGUUAUGCAUGCCAGGUGUAAGAUAAAAGUGGUUCUUUUAGGACUAAAUCAAUUACAGUUUAUGGGCGAAAGCCAAAUAGGUUGAAGACAAUCUUCCAAACAGAUCCAUGGAACAGAAUUUCACUGGAAAGGUACACUACUUUCCCACCAAUGUUCAUGACUUUCUUCUAUUUUUCAGAAGAGUUUCAUAAACUGGGCCACUUUUUAGUGUUACUGUUUCUUAUUGUCCAAAAGGUUAGGCAGCCAAUGGUCAGACCAUUAUGUGAACAUGAGAUGGGGGAGUUCAUCUUUUUUUUUUUUACUUCAUCUUUGGUUGAAGGUCAUCUCCCAGUUAUAUAGUUAUAAUUGAUAACAGGGCUGUUUUCCCUAUAUGUUUUGGGUAGAGAAGACAAUACAAAGAAAAUUCUUGUCGAAUUUUACUCAAGAGCAAUUUCUUAAGAAAUGGAUGAUUUAAAGCCCUAUCCCAAUUAAAUUUCCAUUUGCAGCAAGUUGUAUGAUAGGAAGUAGGGUGUGUGUCUGGAAUAGGACAUGAUGUAUAUUUCUUUGCCUGUGUAAUCUUAACAUAUUAAAGAUCAUGAAAACUUAGCUUUAUUGGAGAAAAAUAUCCUCCUAAAUUUUAGUCUUCUGUCAGCAGAAUGAUAAGUGCAAUAGUUGUAUAUCUAUUUGACAUUAUAAUAAACUGAACUGAACUUUUUAGUCCUUUUCUCA